UUUCUCUCCAAAUGCUUCCGCUUCUAUCUCUCUUCGUAUAUGCUGCUCUUAGGCUUCAUGCUUGCCUAAUACGUUAAUGCUGUCUUACGUUAAAUUAAUACCUAAUCCUAAUAAUCUUUUCCCCCAUGAGCAUCGACUACUAAUUCGCCUAAUCCUAAUCUCGUCGACCUGAGACGCUCGUCUCAUUCGUCUUUCCUCGCUCCUCCCCGACCUCUACCUCUCUUUACUCGUUAUGUCAUCCUCGGGGUCGCCAAGCCCUGUGUCUACUCCGGUAUUAGAUGUACCAAAAUCCGACACCCCAGAUUGCCCCAGCUUCAGCACAGGCGACACGAAGGUGGAACAACAACGCGAGAUGAACAAGGAAGAUCAGGCCGAACGCGAAGUGACUCGACUGGCACAGCAGCUGACACGCCAAUCGACGCACUACUCGACGUCAACAAGCCUGGAGAACCCGUUUCUUGAUGCAGUGGAGGGCUCAGCGUUGAACCCCCACGGAGACAACUUCAAAGCGCGCGAUUGGAUGAAGAACCUGUUGGCAUUAACUUCCCGGGAUCCUGAGAGAUUUCCUCAGCGAGCGGCGGGUAUUUCGUUUAAGAACAUGAGCGUGCACGGUUAUGGUAGUCCUACAGAUUAUCAGAAGGAUGUGUUCAACUCGGUUCUUCAGAUCGGCCAUCUUUUCCGUCUCGUUACUGGUACCGGAAAGCAGAAGAUUCAGAUCUUGCGCAACUUUGAUGGUCUCGUCAAGAGUGGUGAAAUGCUGGUUGUUUUGGGACGGCCUGGAAGUGGCUGCUCAACCUUGUUGAAGACCAUGGCCGGUGAGAUGAAUGGUAUCUAUAUGGAUGAAUCCUCCCAUUUGAGUUACCAAGGGAUUCCCGCAAAGCAAAUGCGCAACCAAUUCCGUGGUGAAGCCAUUUAUACUGCCGAAACCGAUGUCCAUUUCCCCCAACUUUCUGUUGCCGACACUCUGAAGUUCGCCGCGUUGGCUCGAUGCCCCCGGAACCGUUUACCCGGCGUCUCGAAGGAUCAGUAUGCAGAGCACAUGCGAGAUGUUGUCAUGGCUAUGCUUGGUCUCUCGCACACCAUCAACACUCAAGUCGGAAACGAUUUUGUUCGUGGUGUCAGUGGUGGUGAACGGAAACGUGUUAGUAUCGCUGAGGCAACUCUCAGCGGUAGUCCUAUCCAAUGCUGGGACAAUAGUACCCGUGGAUUGGAUAGUGCCAACGCACUCGAGUUCUGCAAGACCCUGAACCUGAUGACCAAAUAUGCCGGCACUACUGUCGCUGUUGCCAUAUACCAGGCCUCCCAGAGCGCUUACAAUAUCUUCGACAAGGUGACAGUCCUCUAUGAGGGUCGCCAAAUCUACUUUGGCCGCACUGAUGAGGCAAAGUCAUUUUUCACCGACAUGGGUUUUGAAUGCCCUGACCGUCAGACAACUGCCGAUUUUUUGACUUCCCUGACCAGUCCUUCUGAGCGUAUCGUGAAGAAGGGCUAUGAAGGCAGGGUCCCUCAGACGCCCGAUGAGUUCGCUGAGCGCUGGAAGAAUAGCGAGGCGUAUGCCAAAUUGAUGAGGGAAAUUGAUGAAUAUGAGCUCGAGUAUCCGCUGGGAGGCCAAUCGGUGGCCAAGUUUACUGAAGCCCGUAAAGCGAUGCAGGCAAAGAGCCAGAGGAUCAAGUCUCCGUACACCGUGUCCGUAAACGAGCAGAUCCGUCUCUGCAUGAUUCGGGGUUUCCAGCGUUUGAGAGGUGAUGCCAGUUUGACUUUGAGUCAGCUUAUCGGUAACUUCAUCAUGGCCUUGAUUAUUGGAAGUGUCUUCUACGACUUGCAACCCACCACCAACAGUUUUUAUUCUCGUGGAGCACUGCUUUUCUUUGCUGUUUUGCUUAACGCUUUCUCUAGUGCGCUUGAAAUUUUGACUCUGUAUGCCCAACGUCCCAUUGUUGAAAAGCAAGCUCGCUACGCCAUGUACCAUCCGUUUGCCGAAGCCGUGGCCUCGAUGCUGUGCGACAUGCCCUACAAGAUACUCAAUGCGAUCAUUUUCAACAUCACGUUGUACUUUAUGACCAACCUGCGUCGUGAACCCGGUGCUUUCUUCAUCUUCCUGCUCUUCUCGUUCGUUACCACUCUGACCAUGUCAAUGCUUUUCCGUACGAUGGCUGCAUCCUCCAGGACCCUAUCCCAAGCCUUGGUGCCUGCUGCCAUCCUCAUUCUCGGGUUGGUUAUCUACACCGGUUUCACGAUCCCUACAAGGAACAUGCUUGGCUGGUCUCGCUGGAUGAACUACAUUAACCCAAUCGCAUAUGGCUUUGAAAGCUUGAUGGUUAACGAGUUUAACAACCGGCCAUUCAAGUGUCUUCCAUCCGGAAUGGUCCCUACCGACUUGCAAUACACCAAUAUGCCUCUGGAGAACAAAGUCUGCUCCACAGUGGGUGCUGUUGCCGGUUCCGACAUUGUCCAAGGAACCGACUACCUUAACCAGAGUUUCCAGUACUAUGCUUCCCACAAGUGGAGGAACUUGGGUAUCAUGUUCGGUUUCAUGAUCUUCUUCAUGGCAACCUACCUUAUCGCCAGCGAGUUCAUUUCCGAGGCCAAGUCUAAGGGUGAAGUGCUUCUCUUCCGCCGUGGACACGCUCCCCGUCACCAAAGCGAUGACAUCGAAAAUACCUCCUAUGCAAUCUCUGGAGAAAAGACAGACGAGGCUAGCGGAAAGGAGGUCACUGCAGGUAUCCAGAGACAAGAAGCGAUCUUCCACUGGCAGGACGUAUGCUACGACAUCAAGAUCAAAAGUGAACCGCGCCGAAUUCUCGAUCACGUUGAUGGCUGGGUCAAGCCGGGUACUUGCACUGCGCUGAUGGGUGUUUCCGGUGCCGGUAAAACGACGCUUCUGGAUGUGCUCGCUACUCGCGUAACUAUGGGUGUUGUUACUGGUGAGAUGUUGGUUGACGGCCGUCCCCGAGACCAGUCUUUCCAGCGGAAGACUGGUUACGUGCAGCAACAAGAUCUCCAUCUUCACACCACGACUGUGCGUGAAGCUUUGCGCUUCAGUGCCGUUCUCCGCCAGCCCGCCCAUGUCAGUAACCAGGAAAAGCUCGACUAUGUUGAGGAGGUGAUCAAGCUCCUUGGGAUGGAUUCGUAUGCGGAUGCCGUUGUUGGUGUCCCUGGUGAAGGUCUCAACGUCGAGCAGCGGAAGCGUCUUACUAUCGGUGUUGAGCUGGCAGCUAAGCCCCAGCUUCUUCUGUUCCUUGACGAGCCUACUUCUGGUCUUGACAGUCAGACUUCUUGGUCCAUUCUCGAUCUCAUUGACACUCUCACCCAGCACGGACAGGCUAUUCUCUGUACUAUCCACCAGCCGUCGGCCAUGCUCUUCCAGCGUUUCGAUCGCUUGUUGUUCCUCGCCAAGGGUGGUAAGACUGUCUACUUCGGUGAUAUCGGAGAAGAGUCCUCUACUCUUUCCAGCUACUUUGAGCGAAACGGUGCCCCGAAGCUGCCUCCUGGCGCGAACCCUGCUGAAUGGAUGCUUGAAGUCAUUGGUGCUGCUCCCGGAUCUCACAGCGAAAUCGACUGGCCGGCUGUUUGGCGCGAUAGCCCUGAACACCAGGGAGUGCUCGACCACUUGGCUGAAUUGAAAACGACUCUCCCGCAGAAAUCUGUUGAGUCGCCCAAUGCCGAUCCCACCAGUUAUAACGAAUUUGCCGCUUCCUUCCCCGUGCAGCUCUGGGAAUGCCUCGUCCGUGUCUUUUCGCAAUACUGGCGCAGCCCGGUGUACAUCUACUCCAAAGCAUGCCUGUCUAUCCUCACGUCCUUGUACAUCGGUUUCUCGUUCUUCCAAGCAGAGAACACCCAACAGGGUCUCCAGAACCAAAUGUUCAGUGUUUUCAUGCUCCUCACCAUCUUCACCAACCUGGUCCAGCAAAUCCUCCCCAACUUCUGCACUCAGCGCUCUCUCUACGAAGUCCGCGAGCGCCCCUCAAAAACCUACUCCUGGCAAUCCUUCAUGACCGCCAACAUCCUCGUCGAAAUCCCCUGGAACACCCUCAUGGCCGUCAUCAUCUUCGUCUGCUGGUAUUAUCCAAUCGGCCUGUACCGCAAUGCAGAGCCCAACAACGCCGUCCAUGAACGCGGUGCCCUCAUGUUCCUCCUCGUCUGGAGCUUCCUCCUCUUCACUUCGACCUUCGCACACAUGAUCAUUGCCGGUAUCGAACUCCCAGAGACGGGAAGCAACCUCGCCAACCUCCUCUUCUCCCUCUGCCUCAUCUUCUGUGGUGUCCUCGCCACUCAGGAUCAACUCCCCGGCUUCUGGAUCUUCAUGUACCGCGUCUCCCCAUUCACAUACCUCGUCUCCGCAAUGUUGUCCACCGGUGUAUCCGGCAGCAAUGCUGUCUGUGAGAAAGUCGAGUUCCUAAACUUCGACCCGCCCUCGAACAUGACCUGCCAGUCCUACAUGCAGGACUACAUCAAGAAAUAUGGCGGUUAUCUGCAGAACAUGGAUGCCACGAGUAACUGCAACUUCUGCAGCAUCGACAAGACGGAUAGCUUCUUGGCCAAGAUCCAUGCAUCUUACGGCGAUGCGUGGAGGAAUUUUGGAUUCAUGUGGGUGUACAUUGCGUUCAACAUCGCUGCCGCGGUUUUUAUCUACUGGCUCGCGCGUGUGCCCAAGGGGAAGAAGGGUACUGCUUAAGCUGAGUCAUCCCAAAGGAAAAAAAAAAAAAAAAAAAAACCAAGAAAAAGGAAUUGUCUUGUAUGAUGAAUAAUGGUGUUUAUGGUGUUUCCUUUGUUAUACAAAGAUUUAUGGUUUAUGUUUUCUUUAUUUUGUCAUAUGUCUCUUUGGGCGGAUUUCUAUAGCGUAUACAUGUUUGGUUAGAUAAUAUUUAUAUUCUACCUGGGGUUGAAAUGGCUUUGCCUUUAUACUCACUCCCUUUUCUUUUGUUGGAUCUAGCGGAGUUGAAUUAUCUUUCAUUUCAACCAUUGUACUUGAGGAUUUAAAUAACAAUUGACAACAGAUAAUAAUACCAAUCCCCAAUCCUUCUGGGACAGUGGAAUAGAGCACUU